CGAAGGUGGAAGCAGAAGAAAGCAGUCUGAUAGACAGUAAACAAGGUCUAUAUUACUAAGGAAGGGGCCGUUAUGUAGAAAGGACCUUAAUUCUGAGGAACAGUCAGGAAAAUUGUAACAAACUAUCAGUAUAGUGAAUACAGGUGAAACAUCAUACUGCAACAAGAGAACAGGGUGGAGGGGUCACCAUCACAAUACCAUACAGGCGAUGUCACAGUCUAAUAGUAGAUGUCACAGCAUAGCCUCCCAACAGGGACGGAGAAAUCCAAAUCAUAACCUGUUGAUGAACACGCAACCAAAUCAAGAAGAGCGGAGAAAUUCCAAGGAACCAAGUGAGCACACGCAGAAUCCUGGGACCAUGGUCUCGGUAGCAACCAUCACUGAUAUUAAAGGACUUACUCAUUCACAUGUUUCUGAGUUCUCCAGAAGACAUCCCAUUAUCCCCAAACGUUAUGUCAUGCCGUGGAAACAAGACAUGGUGAACAGAAAACUAAUUACCAGGCACGCAGAUCUGGCCGGGCUGUACCGAGGCCCUCAGGAGGAGAGCCUGUUUUUGCAGAACAAAGGAAGGCUAUGUCAUGGAGAAGACUGUCACGUCAUCAUGGAGAAGAUGAAAAUCCCAUUACAACGUCGGAUGACAGAGUUCCCAUUGCAUUCCCCUUUGUCAAGAUACCAGAGUUACAUGAUUAACCAGAAUACUAGAAUGCUAGCAUCAUAGGACCCAAGCGUUAUUAUCUAUCUUCUCUUGAAUGACCCAGAGGCCCCAUCCACUGGUCAACAACUGUCACCUCUGCAGUCCUUUUGUUUCACGCUCUGUAGCAAUCAGCAGGUUUCAUUGUGUGUCCAUACGAUGACAUUUACCAGCAUUGUGGUGAAUAAAAACACAAAGCUAAAAGAA